UCGUGCCCAACAAACAAAAAAAAUUCGAUAUUGCUCCAACUCGAACCCAGACCUAGCGACCAUGGCACGGCGCCGCCGAGAAUCGCUAUCGGCUCUGCCGGACGAGCUCCUAGAAGAGAUCCUCCUCCGCCUCCCGCCGGACGAACCAGCGUGGCUCCUACGCGCCUCCCUCGUCUGCAAGUCCUGGAGCCACGCCAUCUCCAGCCCCGGCUUCCACUGCCGCCUCCACGAGCUCCACCGGGCACCCCCGGUGCUCGGCUUCCUCCACCACCGGCAUCCCCAGUGUAAGGACACCCCGCAGUUCGUCCCCACCACCGCCUCAGCCUUCUCCCUGGACGCUCCAAAGUGCCGGUUAUGGCGGGCCAUCAACUGCCGCCACGGUCGCGCCCUAUUCUGCUCCGACUCCUACGAUGAUCCUGAACUCCUUGUGUGGGAGCCAAUCACCGGCAGCGAAUGGCGCGUAUCGUUAAAACCGGUGAUCUCGAGAAGGGCCGCGAUAAGCGGGGCCGUGUUCUGCGCAGCGGAUGGGUGCGACCACCGCGACUGCCAUGGCUCCCCCUUCCGCUUGGUCUUCGUCUUCCGUGUCAAUAUCGGCCCCGUAACUUUCGUCACAUUUGCGUGCGUGUACUCGUCGGAGACCGGCACGUGGGGCGAGCCGACCUCGGUGGUGCAAUGCGUGUACCCACUCAUAUUUACAAGCUAUUCCAGCGUGCUCGUCGGGAGAUCUCUGCUCUAUUUCAUGUCUGACAAUGGGUUCAUCUUGGAAUAUGACCUGGCAAAACACUGCCUGACUUUGCUCGACGCGGUGGAGAUCGAUCCUGCCAUGCGCCCGAGGAGAUUUAGCCUCCUAAUGGGGGAGGACGGUGGGAUGAGGGUUAGCCAAGAAUGCUAUCCACAUCUCAAAUUUUGGACUAGGGAGGCGAGUCAUGCGCGGUGGGUGCUAACCCGGGUCAUCAACCUGGGCAAUUUACUCCAAAUUCGUGAUGUCGUGGAUAUCGAAGUGCGUGUGGUGGGCUUUGUGGAAGGAUCAAAUGUCAUUUUCGUUGACACGGAUGUCGGCCUCUUCACAAUUGAGCUACUCACGGAACAGGUGAGGAAGGUGACCGACGAAAGUGGCUUCAGUAAUUUGAUUCCAGUUGUCGGCUUCUACACUCCUGUGCCUCGAGGUGAGCUCCAGCCACUCUCGAGCGUUAGUGAUGAAGCCGGUGGGGAGCAGGAGAAAACAGUGGAUCAGCUUUUCGACUAGGGGUCCAUUGUUAUCAAAGAGGGAGUCUUUGUCAGCGCGUCAGGCACGACCACA